AUGACCAUUGCGCCAGCAACUGCGAAUUGCUUGAUACAGGACUGUAAGCCGCUUCAGGUCCUGAGCUGGGCAUUCCCAGUCAUUCAACUACUCCAGACCGCACUCUUUUCUGCCUUGCGUGUCUUAGCAAUCUGGGAUAAGAGCUAUUUCUGGUCGCUGCUCACGUUCGUGUUGAGCAUGGUGCCAUUUGCGACGAAUAUAUACAUUGCAGCAGUGUCAAAGUACAGUUUCGAUGUGGACCCGUUCUUUGGAACAAUAUGCAUCGAGGUGUCUCAGAUCUCUGCACGAACAUUUAACAUACGUAUGUUCCGCGUCACGUAUACCACAUGCGGCUCCCUCAUCCUCGCUGACGCUAUCGUGCUCGUCCUAACGUGGAUUAAGACGUUUGAACAAUGGAGGAAUGCCCGCUGCCUCAAGAUGAGGGCGUCGCUGACGACAUGUUUGCUGCGCGAUGGAACUACCUAUUUCAUAGCUCUACUGGCUCUCAAUAUAGCCCAGCUUCUCACAUACAACGUCUCCUAUACGGAGAUAGCAAUAGUAAGCGCAAUGGUAACAGCCCUGCCCCCGGUGCUCCUCAGCCGAUUCAUCAUCAACCUCCGGACGGCCGGCUCAAUAGUGUCGGACUACUCUAUGCACUUGAGCGACCAGCAGCAAGGACAGUCGUCACUGCAGUUCAGAAGGCCAACAGAUCGGUUGGGAAGAGUGGGGGGAACGCUGCAGGAUGGCUGGGGCGAUGAUCUCCGUGCUGAAGAGAGUGGUGUCGCAGAAGUGGCAGAGGAGGGAAGUCAUGAGGCCAACGCCGAGGCGUGA